AUUCAACAUAUAAUAUUUCUAUUAAGAGUCAAGACAUGGGCAGGACGUGGGGAAUAGAAAUAAACCGAUGCAAUCACUUCUUUAUCAAAUUGGAAUCGUAUUGAGAAACAAUUAGUCGGCCUAACGACAUUUUAAACGCUGUUUGAGUGGCCAUAAAAGCGCUAAGAGUUCCUGAAUGCCAAUAAGUUGUCAAAGAAUCGUUUAGGAGCAUGUCUAAGAGGGCGGAAAUCUUCUACAAGGGGCAGACGUUUAUUUUCAACAUUUACUCGAUGAUGCCACAAGAACAGCGCUGGAAAAGAAUUCUCCAUGAGAUCAACUACUGGCACGUCAUGGGCUUCUGGGUGCUCCUGUUCGAUCUUUUGCUGGUGCUGCACGUAGUGUCCAACCUGAACAACAUGUUCGAGAUAGUCAGGGCCAUCUUUGUGCUGGCCACGAGCGCCGGACAUACCACCAAGCUGAUAUCCGUCAAGAUGAAUAAUGUGGCGCUCCAGCAGCUGUUCGACCGCCUGGAUGAUGAGGACUUCCGUCCGGAGGGACCUGAGGAGCGGGCCAUAUUUGCGGCAGCCUGCGAGACGACCCGCAAAACGCGAGACUACUAUGCGGCGCUGUCAUUUUCGGCCCUCGCAAUGAUACUGAUCCCACAGUUCGUGCUCGACUGGUCGCAUCUGCCACUGGGCACCUACAACCCAUUCGAUGACAAUCCGGGCUCGGCCGGAUACUGGCUCCUGUACUGCUACCAGUGCCUGGCGCUCUCGACCUCGUGUCUCACGAACAUUAGCUUCGACUCCUUGUGCUGCUCGCUUUUCAUAUUCGUGAAUUGCCAAUUGGACAUUCUGGCACUGCGCCUGCAGAAGAUCGGCCAAGGUAAGGACCACGACAACGGAAACACUAAGAUGAGCAUUGAUGUGCAACUGAAGCAAUGCAUCCGCUUCCACAUGGCGAUCGUGGAUUUGGCCGAGACUAUAGAGCGUCGGCUCUGCACACCGAUAUCGAUGCAGAUCUUCUGCUCGGUACUGGUGCUGACAGCCAACUUCUAUGCCAUAGCCUUGUUGUCCGAUGAGAAAAUGGCGCUGUUCAAGUUCGUAACCUACCAGGCCUGCAUGCUGAUCCAGAUCUUCAUGCUGUGCUAUUUUGCGGGCGAGGUCACCCACCGCAGUGUCGAGCUGCCCCAUCGGCUCUACAACACCAAUUGGGUGGACUGGAGUCGCUCCGAUCGCCGGAAUGCAUUGAUCUUCAUGCAACGUCUCCACUACGAGCUGAGGAUAAGGACCAUAGACCCCAGUCGUGCCUUCGACCUGGCGCUCUUCAGCUCGAUUUUGGGCAUCUGGAAACUUCCCGAUGGGGCCACAGGGCAGCAGCGCCGCUGGCACCAGCUCCGAUUCUUUUCGAUCUUUGCGAUUCUCAGUGGAAUGCUGCUGCUGUUCGCCAUACAGCUGGCCGGCAGCAUUGCUUAUCUGCGGGAGAUACUCAAGGUGUUCUACAUGUUCGCCACGGAGAUGUCGUGCAUGACCAAACUGAUGCACCUGAAGCUGAAGGGUCGGAAGCUGGCGGGCCUCGUCACAAUGAUGGAGUCCUCGAGUUUUGCGACCAAAAGUGAGCAGGAGGAAAAACUAAUGGAAGCCGGAAGGGUUUCGGUGGUGAACUUGCGGAACCUGUACGGCAUUUCGUCCAUAGUGACAGCCACCCUUAUUCUCCUUGUGCCGUUCUUUGCGGGUAACACGGAGCUGCCGCUGACCAUGUACGAGCUCUGCAGCAUUGAGGGACGAAUAUGCUACUGGGUCCUGUUCCUGACCCACGCUGUCUCUCUGAUGCCCACGUGCUGCCUGAACAUAGCCUUCGAAUCGAUGGCAUACAGUCUGCUCACCUAUCUCCGGGUACAGGUGCAGAUUCUCGCCCUGCGCCUGAAGCAGUUGGGAACGGCUGAGACACCGCUGGAUAACCAGCGCAUUGCCAGGGAGCUGCGCGAGUGCAGUGCCCACUACAACAGGAUUGUGCAGCUCAAGGAUCUGGUGGAGGUGUUUAUCAAAGUGCCUGGCAGUGUGCAGCUAAUGUGCUCGAUUCUGGUGUUGGUUUCCAAUCUGUUCGACAUGUCGACCAUUUCGAUUGCCAAUGGAGAAGCAAUCUAUAUGACCAAGACCUGCAUCUACCAGCUGGUUAUGCUCUGGCAGAUCUUCAUCAUCUGCUACGCUUCCAACGAGGUGACAAUCCACAGCUCGCGCCUGUGCCACAGCAUCUAUAAGUCUCAAUGGACCAGCUGGAACAAGGAAAAUCGCCAAAUGAUUCUGCUUAUGAUGCAGCGCUUAGACUCGCCGCUUUGCUUGCGCACUAUUAAUCCCACUUUCACUUUUAGUCUGGAGGCUUUUGGAUCUAUUGUGAACUGUUCCUACAGCUACUUCGCCCUGCUGAAGCGCGUUAACAGUUAGAAUCUGAUUAUCAAUGGAUUACCUAAAAAUAAUU